CAAGAGGUUCGAAUCGUUCUGAAAAGACAGAACACAGCCCCGCUAGGCGUGAGAGGAGCUCCCCUUGAGCCCCUGUUCCCUGUCCUCUUGGAAGGCUGACGCCGCCAAAUCAUUGGACCUCCGUGCGGCUGCACCCUGCACGUCCGGCGCACCUGUUUGAGGGGCACGUCCACCGGGCAGUCUCGACAAGUGCAUCAGCAUCUUUGGGAUGCCAUUUCGUCUCAUCUCAUUCCCCUCCUCCACUUGCUUCGGCCUGUCAUCGCUACGGAUACACUACGCAGAUAACGCUGCGUAAUUGUUUGCUUUUGUUGACCCUGGAUUGCCCUUCAGGUUGCUACCUUGCUUCCUUGUUCCUUGCUACCCCAAGCCCCAGCUCUGUCUGGCGUUGCGCUUGCUCUUUGCUUGGCCAUCGUCACGCAUCAGAAGGGUCACUCUGAGGUCGAGUCUGCGGCUUUUAGACAUUGCGCACUCACCUUUCAUCCCGUCUUUUGGCUGUUAGACCCCGCUGCCAGCGCCACACCGUCCGGCUCCCGGCGUGUGCUUUGUCGCAAACCAAAUCACCGGCACAAACACUUUGGACGGCCACACUCGCUUCUCCUCGCCAGCAGCGCAAUAAUGCCGUCCAGGAGUUAUCCAUGGUCUGGCAAGAACAAUCGCUCUCAGCAUAACCUCGUCGGCACCACAGCCGCCGAGGACGCUGGACAAUCAGGGCAGCAGCCAUCAGUCCCCGGAUCAGCUGUGACGAACCCCCCGAGUGCGGGUGGGAGCGCUGCUGCAAACCCCCCCUCAGCCUCGCCCAACCCGACCUUCAGCUCUAGCGAAUCCUUUCAGCACGACACCAGCAACAACCGGUCAAGCCAUCAACAACCUCCACCGCCUCCCCCCCAUCUGCUGCAGCACUCCAACAGUGUCUCGGGGGCAGCAUUUGACUCGCGCCCGCCACGGGAGCACGAUUACGCUGACCAGGUCUCGCGCUCCCAAUCCCAACGCUAUCCCCAGAUCUCCCCCGUGACGACCCAACUUCACCAUCACCACCCCCAGCAACAGCAGCACCAACAACAACAACAUCAGCAGCAGCAGCAGCAGCAGCAGGGUCAGCAGCAAUCCCAACACUCGCCGCGCCACUCGCACCCGUUCGGAUCCGGGUCUGCUGAGGAUCUCUCGGCCGCGGGCGGACAAAGCAUCUCGUCCCCCAUAACUGGACCCCCGCAACCCCUCUUUAGCCAGCAACAGCAGCAACCCCCGCCAGCACCACAAAAGCAAAAGUCGUCCACUCGCAAGCUGGUCAAGAACAUCUUCAGUCGCGACCACGCACCUCAGGUUCCGCAAAACAAUUACAACAGUCCUCCCGGCGUUAACCGUAGAAAUUCGAAGCGCGUGAGCCUUCCCCCGCCAGCACCACCAAGCCUCCGGACUGGUCUCACCCAGGUGUCCCAAGUCUCGCUCGACCAGCAACAGCUCGAUUGGCAGAACCAGGCGCCUCCAUCUCAACCAUCCCCAUUGCAAGGCGUAGGAGACUUCCGCGAGUCGUACGUGAUUGACGGAUCUGACCAAGAGUUACACCUGCAGAACCCCCACGAUAUCCAACAGCAUCCCACCAUACGGCCUGUUCCCCCUUCGGACUCGGACAACUCGCCUUACUCGGCUGACGAAAGUGCAUACCGUCAGCAUCAGGGCCACUUUCAGCACAACGACCACACACCGCCCGAGCAGCAAUACGGGCAGGCCAUCUUCGAACCGCAACCCAACCAGCAAUUGUCCCCUCAUUCGCAACAACAACAACAGCACCCUCACCUCCAACAGCAGCAGCAACAGCAGCAGCAGUACCACUAUUCAAGCCCGCAGCAGUCGCAAUACCAGAGCGGAUUUAGUGGACAUCUAGCCAAUCCCCAACAGCAGAAUCCCGAGACGAUUUCGCAACUGUCGCAUGAGUCUCCUGUUACCGACUCAGACCAGCGUUCGGCGUCGAACAUCCAAGCUCAGAGUUCGCAGACGUCCUCGGCGGUAAGCUACCCACAUCAGGCGCAGGAUAUCCCCGGCCGGCCGAAUCCACAAUCGGCGGCGCAAGGUCAAGCCCCGCAGCAACAACCACAGUCCAUGGCUCCACCCACGGGCGGACAACCCCCGGCACGACGAUCCCAAGAGGCAGACAAAGGACUACGGGACCUUGCCCAAGCCCCGCCUGGGCCACCGCCCAGCUAUCGCCAGAGCCAGCAACCCAACAUGAACAACCCCUUACCACAGCCUCCUAAUGCCCCUGGGGCGAAUCCGGCUUUCCGGACGAGCAAUGUACCAGAUAGACAGUUUGACGGGCCAGGGGAUAUUGCAGGUCGCAACAGCCCUCAACCUCCACCAAGUGACCGUGGAGAAGACCCAGAUAAGGCGUUUAAAGACCUUUUGACCAAGUACAAGAAUGUAAAGCGUCUCUAUUUUGACGGGAAGAAGGAGAUUGAGCAAUUGAGUGGCCAAGUUGAGCAACUUCAAAACGCCAUUGCCAACCAGCGAAUGUCUCAGAGCCGAACCUCUCUCGACGAUAGCGAGUACUCGACCCGCUUUAACCGCCUCAAUGGCGCCAUCAAUAACCUCUCGUUCAACAUUCGAAAGGACUGGCAAUCACUUCCGCAGUGGCUAGUCCCCUAUGUUAGCCCAGAAGCGCUCAAGACGGGCAAACAAGAGAUGACAGCUGUUGGGCGGGCAGUAAUAACCCGGUGGCUCGUAGAAGAGAUCUUCAACCGGUGUUUUCACCCAGGUCUCGAGCCUGAGCUGAGUCGGCAGCUGAAGAUGAUUGAGCGGAACAUUAGAAACUUUAGCUACACGUUGAGCAGUCAAGAGGAGUAUGAUGCGCUGACGAGCAAGGUGGUGAGCUGGCGCAUGGCUACGCUGGAAGGGUUGCAAGACGCUCUGCGCAGUGGGGAGGCGGUGAACUACAAGGCCGACUUCACUCGGCGAGCGACGACGGACCUGACGGCAUCUCUGUUUCACCAUUUGUCGAACCCACCGCCGCCUGGCGUAGAUGGCAGUGCCAGUAUGAUUGUGGAGCUAGCCGUGGGCAUUGCGGCCAACCUGCCGCUGGAGAGCCGCGAUGUUGCCAUCACCUAUCCACUGCCGGAGUCACCUAUUCAGCCGGACAUCAUGGAGGUUGAGAAGCAAGGGCUUCCGGCUCUGGAGGCCCGGCCGGCAGAGGGAGAUGACGAGGGUGCAGGUGAUGAGAAAGAGGGCGGAGGAAAAGACAAAGAUGCCCGGCGCAAUGACAAGUCCAGAGCGGGCAUGUUGAGCGUGCUAGGCGGAGGUGGGAGCACGCCGGGGAGCAGAAAGGGGAGUGUCGUGGAUGCGAACCAGAUUGCACCACCGUCCAAGGACGGUGGCAAGGUUCGCUUUGCCGGGUUCGUUGCUGUUGAGGUCAGGGGUCGCCAGGUGCUGAUUAAGGCUCCGGUCUGGACGCUGGCCUGA